UUUUUAAUUUAAUUAAGUAUAUUUGGAUUAUUAAGAUUGACAAUUUAUGUGAAAACAAGUAGUUGCUUAUUUCUAUUAAAAAUAGCUAAGAAAUAGACGAGUAAACAAUGACAAAUGAAAUUAAAAGUAUUCUGUUGUGUCUACGUGUAAAAUAAAGAUUUAAUUUAUUAUUGCUGUAAUAUUGUAACUACAAAAUGCCUGCCGUAACGUCAACAACAGCUGAAGAUCAAAACGAUGGAGAUCAGAAAAUGUGGAGUGCCCUCAAAAGAUAUAUAAUACGAGAAAGGCAAAGAAAGAAAGAAGAAUAUGAAGCAGAGGUAGAAGAAGAAAGAUUGAGAAAGGAGCGGGAGGCACGAGAAAGACAAGAUGUCAUGACAUUAGAAGAAACAAAGGAACAGAUUGAGCAACUAGAACAGAAGUUAAAACAAUUAGAGAAAGAAAAACAACAGUUGUUCAUGCAACUUAAAAGAGUACUCAAUGAAGAUGAAAUCAGAAAGAGACAGCAACAAAAAGAGACUAAUGAUAUGCAGUCAAUGAAGAUGCCUAUGGGUAAUAUCCAGAUACCUAUGUUCUCUGUUCCAACAUCAAUGGGUCAAGGAGAGCCUCCGCAAUCACAAGGCAGAGCACCACCGCUAACAACCCACAUCAUGAACAAAAAUAAGCACUCAAACUACAUGCUGUUCCCACAACAGCAGAGCUUAGUCAGAGGUCCGAUACAAUCAAAUGUGAAACGAACAAGGAGUCCUUCACCAACCUAUGCUCUGUACGCACACAGAUUGCAUCAGCCUCCUAUGAAGCACCAAGCCGUCUAUUCUGACCACAAAGUAGAGGAUGGUCGUAUGGGCCGCCAAAUGGCGCGCGCAGUGCUUUGGACCAAGUCGCCGCAAUACGCAUCGAACGUGAGCGGGUCGGGUGUGUCGUCGGGUUACUACGCGAUGCCGACGUCGGGCGUGGUGGGUGUGGUGGCGGAGCGCCCGCCGCCGCUGCUGUACGCGCACCACGGACACACGCCGCACGCGCACACUCCGCACACCCCGCACACUCCGCACCAGUCGCACCAGCCGCACCAGCCGCACCAACCCCACCAGCCCCAUCACACGAACCUCAUGUACGCGCCCGCGCAGCCGCAGCUGUACUUGGACAUGCUGAAGAACAGGGACGGUCAGCAGCACUCCGAACAGAAGAAGGAGGCCCAGCCGCAGGUACUGAUCGGGCUGAGCGAGGGCCACCACCCGUCGGUGAGCAGCGGCGUGUCGUACGCGCAGCCGCCGCCCGCCGCGCGCCACCUCGCCAUCCACCCGCCCGCGCCGCAGCACGCCAACAUGCAGACAGCGAAACCGGGCAGUAUAACCCAGGGUUACCCAGUUCAGCAAUCAAAUCCAAAUGUACAGAACCCGAAUAUAUAUCCCAACAGACACCGCUAUUAGCUAAUGAUCGUCCAUCGAGACGCCUCACCACCACAUCCAUCAAGAAAUAUAAUCAUGCAUACCAGAAACUAUAAAGAUCUUUAGUACAAACAUUAUUCAAUGAUAUUUAAAAUGGUGACUUUAAAAAUAACGUUUAUUUUUAUAUUUUAUUGUGCGAAAGUUUCGUUAUAUUUCAUUAUUAUACAGUGUGUGUGUUAGUCGGUACAAUUAAAUUGGUAUUAUAAUAGUUGUAUAUAAAAUAUAUUAUUACAAGCAAUUAAUACUAGCUAUUUGAAAAAGCCAUUCGCCAGAGAAUUAUUCUUAA